AUGGCAGAUAUUAAUGUGGACGUUGUAAUAAUUGGUGCUGGGUUCGCGGGAUGUCUCUCACUACAUCAUAUGAGACGGAGAAGGUUUUCGGCCAAGAUUAUCGAAGCAGGUAGUGAUUUCGGUGGAGUAUGGUAUUGGAAUCGGUAUCCUGGAGCUCAAGUCGAUUCAGAAAUGCCAAAUUACCAAUUCAGCAGUCCGGAGAUUUUCAACGACUUUUCCUUUCACGAAUUCUACCCGGACGCAACGGCCCUACGCAACUACUUUGGCCACGUUGACAAAAGGUGGGAUCUCCGCAAGGACGCCAUCUUUAAUCAAAGAGUCACAGAGGCAAGAUACGAUGGAGAAGAUAAAAAGUGGAAAAUUACGACGGAAAAAGGGCUGGCGGCAAGUUCAAGAUUCAUCAUCUUUGCCGUGGUUUGGCCAGAAGAUGUCAACUUUACAGGAAAGAAGACAGGCAUCAUCGGACAAGGCGCGUCCGGCACCCAGAUUUUCGAGCAUCUCGCCUGUCGUGGACACGAUGUCACUGUUUUUCUCCGGACGCCACCCAUAGCAUUUCCUAUGAGGAACCGCGCCAUCACAGGCGAAGAGAAUAAAGAGGCAAAGAAAACUUAUGAAUCUCACUUUUCGCGGUCCAAAUACGGCGAAGUAGGGUUCCCCUUUUUGCCCUACGCCAAGCCCCUGAGUUCGGAGUCUGCAGACCAGAAUCGUGCGCAUAUGGAAAAGCUGUGGGAACACGGCGGUUUAAUGAAUGUUACUGGCAAUUACAUUGAUAUUUUGGUGGACAAAACCGCCAACGAAACAUUUUACAACUUUUGGUCGGAAAAGGUCCGAGCCAGAAUGACGGACGAGGCCAAAAAGGAGACGUUGGCGCCACCAAAGCCAGUGCAACCUUUAGGCACGAAGAGAUCCACGAUUGAAAACAAAUACUAUGAGUUGAUGGAUGGAGAAAACGUCACGCUCGUCAAUCUCCAGAAGACGCCUAUCAAAGAGUUUGCUUCCAAUGGGAUAGUCACAUCAAGCUCUGGGACAGAUGGUGAUGAGACACUGCACCAUUUGGAUGUAGUCGUUGUGGCUACGGGGUACGAUUCAGUUACGGGAAGUUUGUACGACAUCAACAUUGUAGAUAAACAAGGCAAGACACUGCAGGAGAAGUGGAAAGAUGGCAUCCGCACAUACUUUGGCAUGAUGGUUCCGGACAUGCCGAACGCGUUCAUCUUGUACGGACCGCAGGCACCGACAUCUUUGGCUAACGGGCCUACGUUUCUAGAAAUGGAAGUUGAGUGGAUUGACAAGUUGUUGGACAAGAUGGAAGGAGAUCACAUCACAAGUAUAGAGCCAACCAAGGACGAAGCCGAAGCAUGGAACCAAAAACUACAAUCAAGGUUUACCUUGUUACCGCAUAGCAAGGCACCCUCCUGGUGGGUUGGGGCAAACACCCCUGGUAAGAGACGAGAACCGUUGGUCUGGUUUGGAGGGACAAAGGCUUGGUCUGUGGAAUGUACCGAAGCAUUGAGCGACUGGUCGCAUUUCAUUACGGACUAA